UUGACCAAAUGACAGCCCUGCCUGAGUUUGCAGCUGAGCGGGGCAGAGCGCCUCGGCCGUAUUAUAUAACUUUAAAAGUACUCGUGUGUUUUAAUGGCGCAGAGGGCGACCAUUUCUUCGCUAUUUCUACGAUUCGAUGCGAUGUAAUCCCAGAAAUUGCGACAAAUUUUCCUCAUUUUUUCCUUCUUGCCGGCGAGUCGCAUUAAAAGUUGUCGACGGAUCCCCGAACGGGCGCGCUCGGUGGACCUGGCGAGCGUCAGCAGCGACGUCGUUGAGCUUUAGUUAGAAAAUAUUGCGGAGAAUGUUUUCCUACCCGAAGGAGGGAGACACAACAACGACGACAGCUGAGUUUUUCACCACACAACAUCUGUGCAAGGAGAAGUGGGGCUGAGUCGUGGGCGCGAGCCAGUGGACCCUGCGUUAUUUCACACAUUUUCUGGUGUUUUCUUAAAAAGAAAAAUCUUUUUAGACCUAAUUUGGACUGAUGGGAGAUGAACUAACUGAUGGAGUGAAUGCUUCUCUCACUACAGAAUGAAGAAAUGGAUCAGGGUGGACCAAAGCACAACGGUAAUCAAAACAACAACCUGACAUUUGGAGAGCUAAGAGCCGAAGUGGGCAGAGAUACUCCUGGUUUACUUCUUCAGUCUACAAUGCAUCUGCCUGGUCCCGGGACUCUGCCCCAGGGUACGCUGGCCCCAAACGGACGAGGCGGAACCAAAGACCAGGGGCAGCUCGGAGGCUUCUUUGAUUCUCCUCAGCUCCGAGUCCCAUUAGAAGGAUCUGAUAAGGAGGGUAAAAAAAUGCCGAUGCAGAAGCAAGACCCGGAUAUAUUCAGUCUAACGGAAAACUUGCAGUUGUUUAACCAGAACAUGUCUGAUCUCAGCCAGACAUCCACGUCGAUCAUCACCACCUCUGACACCUCCGUUUUGGGUAACCUCCCACUGCCUGACCUUUUUUCUCAUCAAAUCAAACAAGAGGGGAGUUUUUCCAUGGAUAAGGACAUGGGAAAUUACAGUGGACAAACAGGUGGUGGUCCUAGCAGUUUGGAUGGCAGCAGCAAUCCGCUAAUGGAUGACACGGAGAUUUGGCAAGAUCUUGACCUUUCCAGUUCGCUGCCAGAAAUCAGUGCUUUCGACCUGGAUUCAGAGGUGGCAAAUUUGGAUAGCAUCCUUCAUGAGAGCAGUGGCGGCGGCCGAGGAAGUUCCAACACCGGUUUGGCAAAGGAAACAAAUGCCCUUUUGGGUAAUAGAGAAAACUGUACUGCUGUGAAUGGCACAGAGCAGCAGCAGCAUCCGAUGCACCAACGGCAGCCGCCCCACCACCUGGUGCAGCACCAGCUCCUGCCUCAACAGCCCUCUUCAAUUCUCCCCGGUGUCGUCAUCAAGGAGGAGAAAGAUCCCGAUUUCAUCCACAUUCGUACCCCCGGUGUGAUCAAACAGGAGAGGCAGGACAGUGCUAGUUACUGCCAGUCGCAGUGUCUCCAGAGUGGCAUGAGCUCUCUCCAUGGUGGAGGAAUGGGCUCCAUGUCGUCUCCUAUGGGUGUCGGUGCAGGACCUGCAUACAACUACAGAGCUAAUCCGGCCUCCUCGGUAAAUCUGCCAGACCAGAAGCCUUUUGGCGCGUACUCAAAUCUGCAACCAGUCGGGGAGAACUGGAAGAGAUUUGGAGAGUCGUCUGGGAUACAGAGCGGCAACGAUGGCCUCUCAUCUACGUCAGCUUUGGCAAAUUUCCCCAUCAGCUUCCCCAGUUCAUCACCCAGAACCGGAGAGAGCAGCAGCAGCAAUGCUACAGUGGCGGGCCCAUCUAAACCCAGCGGGCAGAGCCAUAAGAUCUGUCUGGUGUGCUCAGACGAAGCUUCUGGAUGCCACUAUGGAGUGGUAACCUGUGGCAGCUGCAAGGUGUUCUUCAAGAGGGCUGUCGAAGGAUGGAGAGCACGACAAAACACAGAUGGUCAGCACAACUACCUGUGUGCGGGGAGGAACGACUGCAUUAUUGAUAAGAUUCGCAGGAAGAACUGUCCAGCAUGUCGCUUCAGGAAAUGUCUUCAAGCCGGAAUGAAUUUGGAAGCGAGGAAACACAAGAAGAUGAUUGGCAAGACAAAAGUUCAGCCGCGCCCUCUGCCACCAGAACCCCCCCAGCAACUUUCCCCCAUCAUCCUGAAGAGCAUGCCCCAGCUGGUUCCCACCAUGCUGUCCGUCCUGAAGGCCAUCGAACCGGAGAUCAUCUACUCGGGCUACGACAGCACGCUGCCGGACACCUCCACUCGACUCAUGACCACUCUGAACCGGCUGGGAGGUCAGCAGGUCAUCUCUGCAGUCAAGUGGGCCAAGUCGCUGCCAGGCUUCCGUAACCUACACCUUGAUGACCAGAUGACGUUGCUGCAGUGCUCUUGGCUAUUCCUCAUGUCCUUCAGUCUUGGGUGGAGGUCCUAUGAGCAGUGUAAUGGCAGCAUGCUGUGCUUCGCCCCCGAUCUUGUCAUAAACGAAGAUCGCAUGAAGCUGCCCCUCAUGAACGACCAGUGUGAGCAGAUGCUGAAGAUCUGCAACGAGUUUGUCCGGUUGCAGGUCUCCUAUGAUGAGUAUCUGUGCAUGAAGGUGCUUCUGCUGCUCAGUACAGUACCCAAAGAGGGCCUGAAGAGCCAGGCUGUUUUUGAUGAGAUCAGGAUGACGUACAUCAAGGAGCUGGGAAAAGCCAUUGUGAAGAGAGAGGAGAACACGAGUCAGAACUGGCAGCGUUUCUACCAGCUAACUAAGCUACUGGACUCCAUGCAGGAGAUGGUGGAGGGUCUCCUGCAGAUCUGCUUCUACACCUUUGUGAAUAAAACCCUGAGUGUGGAAUUUCCUGAGAUGCUGGCGGAGAUCAUCACCAACCAGAUACCAAAAUUCAAGGAUGGGAGCGUGAAGCCUCUGCUGUUUCAUCAAAAAGGACUGCCUUAAACUGUGAAUCAAUGCCUUAAGUCCCGAUCUGUCCCCGGUACCUGCUGGGACUCCAUCCCACUCUUCAUCGUUCUGGUCCAGCUUCCUGUUUUUCUUUGGGAAUCCUGCCUUUUGCCUUUCAGCCCGACCUCCAACUAAAAUACCUGUGGCCUCAAAGCUCCUAUUCCAGUCCACCGUAGUCCAUCCUCUUGGCUAACCAAGAAGAAUUUGGUCUCUGAAUGUCUUUUAUUUUGUCCCUCAGACCUCAUUCAUACAACGUUUCUGAAGACGUCACCUCGUCUCUCGCCUCCAGAGUUCCGUUGCUGUUCCCACUUGGAAAUCGACGCGACAUGACACAAACUCAGCUCAAGCUUCAUCCGCUCACCUGCACAGCUUCACAAAGUAGCCAAGGUGGCGAUUCAGGUUUCUCAGAAUGCUGUUGGUGAUUAAAGGGGAUGAAGAAAAAAAACGCAGAAGCACGACGUCCUGAACUCAGCAGAAAGGACACAAAUGAUUGACUCGACCAACAGAAGGAAAAGAAGAGCUAGAGGAACAUUGUUCAUGUGUUUUAUGCAGACACACACACCCAUGCACGCACAUACAUGUUUACACAGGAUGUAUCUGAGGGAAAACUAGUGCCUUUUCGUUUUUAAGCUCUUCAUAGCCGUCCUCUCCAAACCAUCUGACUCUGUUGUCGACAUCAGUCUACAUGAAUUGUUUCCUUUUAGUUUUCCCGCUCUGCUAUUUUGUAGCCAUACUGACGCUGGUGUUUUUAUGGUGGGACGGUCUCUGCUCUGUCUGCAGAUGUGCCUGGGGGGUCAACCUGUGGUAUGCAUCAGAAAUCAUCGUUAUCAGACUCCAGCUUUUCAUCAGUUUGCAUUUCUUUUAUUCCCCCUAGCAGUUCGAGGUCAGUAGGACUUCAUAACCAUCGAAAAUUAAUGUUUUGAAAUAAUUAGUAACUCAAAAUUGGAAUAAUACUUUUAUUUAUUUAUUUUUUUAUGCAUAUUUACAAUUAAUUAAAAGCAAGCCUUCUUGAAUAGGAACAUAAAUUCUUGGUCUUUUUUUUUUUGUUUUUAUAUCCUAAAUUUGAAAAGUUUUACUUGGUAAAAAAGAAAAAAAUUGUAUCAGUUAUUCUUAAAUUUAUCUCAAUUUUAUCUUAGAAUCUCCUUUUAUUUUACAAAAAAAUAAAAUAACCUUCCACCAGCAUCCUCCUAAAUUCAUGUUACUAGAACUUAAAAACAAGGAUUUAUUUUGUAAAAAAUAAGAGUUUACUAACUUAGAGAGCAGAAUCCUCAGACCAUGGGAGGAUUUAGAACUAAUGUGAAUUUAGACAAACUCAUCCAAAGUGUUGAUAAAUAUUCAGGUUUUUUUUCCACGACUAACAAGAGCCAUAAUUAUUCAAGCUUGAAUCCAGACCUGUUUCUCACUGCCAGCUGCAAUCAUACUGAGGUUAUUGUUGAGCAAAGUGUUUCGCAAAGUGAAACUUUCAAAUUUGGUUUUAGAAAAAGCAGAUUUUUGUUUUCAAAGAAAUGACAGCAAGCACAUAUUUAAAUGAGCUUAGUGCGAAUAUGAAUGGUCUUCUAUUAUAGAACACUUGGUUGUAAUAUUUUAGCUUAAAUAAUUAUUAAAUUGCAUCCCAUGCUAUGGGGUAAGAUGACCCGAGUCCCACUGGUGCCAAAUAGCUUGAUGUUUUCUUUUUUUAUUAUUAGUAAUAAUAAUAAUUUUGGACAUAUGAGAGGACUUUUAUCCAGUUUUGGUUUGUAACUUUGCUUCAGGGUGCUCAGUCUUCAGUGUCGCGCGCACACACACACACACACACACACACACACACACACACACACACACACACACACACACACACACACACACACACACACACAAGCUUCUAAUGACUAGAUUAUCAAAAGAGUUUGUUUGGUUCAACAAUAGAAGUAAUUUCUAACAGCUUUUUCACAAAAUCUUGUAAUUUAAAACUUUUCAAGUAAGACAAAUUUCUCAGCUUACAUUUAAAAAAAAGAAAUAAAAACUCUGUAUUGCUCA